AUGUAUACGAAUGUUCGGUGGAUCAUUCUUAAUUGAUACGUCGGCUUAUGUGCAGUGCGCACAAGUCUGUUACCCCAAUGCCUACGCAGCUGAUUAGCAUUUAUCAUAGCUCUCUGAAGGUAAUCCGCCACGCAUUGUUGUCUCCAUCUAACGCAUAAGCAAUAAACAUCUACACUGGCGUCGGUGCUUUUUUGCUGAUUAUGCAACAUUAUGCAUAUGUGCAGGCAGGGAGGCAGACAGGCAAGUUUGUGUUUUGGUGACACUGACUGGACCGCAAAUCGUCCUCCAAAAUGCACUGCUGUCUCAUCGCCAUCGCCGGUCGGACUGUUGUCCCGCUGAGAUAGCAGAAAGCUCAGCAUGGGCUCGAUAGUUGAUAAAUGGCUCUGCAUCAGAUAUCACCAUGUGGUUGUUCUAUGUGUCGUUGUUAUCAGUUUUUCUAAGCAACUCUAUUUGCCGAUCGGUAAGUGCACAGCAGCAAUUCAAUACGGUUGACUUCGAACGAGUUGACGCAAGCCAAUCCAGGACGAUCCACUCGAUGCUGAUCGCGCAUCUUACAACCGUUGCACGGCGGGCGCCCUCUGGAGUACCGUGCGAUAAUGAACGCACGCAUUCCAUCGGAAAACGUGCCAAUUCUGUGACUCUAUCAGGUCAUCGAUCGCCCCUGCUCGAAGUUAUGCUGCGCAUUCUGGACACGAUUCAGUUGGUGCCGAAAAAGCGUUCAAGGAGAGCGGCGGCCAUGUGGAAGCCACUAUCGCCAUCAGAACGCAAGCAGACGUUGCUAAAUUCUCUUGACCCGGGCAAGACACCGGUAUUUUUCAACGAUCGUCUACAACCACUGAUGGUAUCAUCGCUUGAGCAAACACUAGACGAAGACGACGGCUUUGCCAACAGUAGUUUCCAAGAGCACACCGACUCCCAGUCUAGCGAAUCAUUAGAACACACUUCCUACGAAUCAUCUUACUAUGACCAUCGAGGAGAGCCCACCAGAAGCGCCGAGGAAUCCAACGAAAAAUUGUACGAUCUGCUGCUCAAAAUACUCAAGGUCCUGGACGAUCAGGCCUACCGGGACGCCGAGCGAAACCGCCGGCUGGAACAGCUACGUAACCCGGGUGCGCUUUCGCUCGAGUACGAGCCGGGCUGCGCGAACGACGACGACGACGACGGCAGUUGGAUGGAAGCGACGGCGGCUAUGCAUUAGGUCCGUAGAUGCAAUGGUCAGCUGCGUAGAUGCUUUGUGUUUGUUCCCUUCAAGUUCAAUGGUUUGAAAUUGCUAGUGAUGACGGAGCAGCAAUUGUGUGCUUAGUUAGGUGCAGGCCGGCGGUGGUAUGUGCAUAUCACUCGGCUAUGGCAAAGGCAUUGACAUUCAAUUAGCUUUUUUCGCUGUAGCAUCAGUCCAGUUCGCUUUGUUACCCAUUUCAAUGGAAAUUCUAUUUGCGAAAACCUUUUGUAGGUCAACCUAGAUGAAAUUUGUUUAACACUGGAUUGUUUGAUAACAUUUGCUUUAUGACUUAAUGUUAUUGUUGAGUACGAUUUUGGUUAGCAUUCUAUGGUAUAACAGAAAAUGAAGGUUCUAGAUAGAAAAAAAAAUAAAAAUUUGAUCAAUACACAGCUGAGUGCAUACGACUUAAUAAUAAGUAGUGAUUUGCCAGGGAAAAGCGAAUAUCAGAAAGAACAAUAUAAAUAUUGAUUGAUUGAUUUGUCUUUAUUAAAGAGACUUUCAGCCCUUGGCUGGUUCGCCAAUAUAAAUAAACUAGGAAA